AUGUCGCUAUCACUUCCGGGGCCCUCCCAACAGAGCCUUUUCAAGGCUGGGUAUCAGAGUCACGAUGCUGAAGACGGAGCCGUUAUUCGCAACAUUGAGGCUUGCCAGGCCAUCUCCGGCACUGUACAGACCUCCCUGGGACCUUACGGCCGCAAUAAGAUUGUCAUCAACCACCUGCAGAAAAUGAUCUUGACCUCCGAUGCUGCGACGAUUCUUCGCGAACUGGAUGUUGUGCACCCCGCCGCCAAGUUGUUGGUCAUGGCUAGUCAGCAGCAGGACUCUGAGAUGGGUGAUGGCACCAAUUUGGUCAUCGUCUUGGCUGGUGAGCUGUUGAAGAAAGCUGAGGAGCUGAUCCGCAUGGGAUUGAAGACGAGUGACAUUGUCUCUGGCUACGAGAAGGCGCAGAACUUUGCCUUGAAGGUGCUGGAAGAUCUCGAGGUCGACCGUCUGAAGGAUUUGCGCUCCAUUCCAGAACUGAGCAAGGCUCUCCGAACCGUCGUUGCCAGCAAACAAUCCGGUACUGAGGAUGCCCUCGCCGCUCUUGUCGCCGAGGCUGUGCUCGCCGUCCUGCCUAAGAACCCCGCCAACUUCAACGUGGAUAAUGUGCGUGUCGUCAAGAUUAUGGGUGGCAGUUUGGAACAGUCAAAGGUCGUCAAGGGUAUGGUCUUUGGCCGUGAACCCGAUGGUAUCAUCAAGAAGGCGCACAAGGCCAAGGUUGGUGUCUUCAGCUGUCCUAUCGAUAUCUCCCAGACCGAGACCAAGGGAACCGUUCUGUUGAAGAACGCCGAGGAGAUGGUCAACUUCACCAAGGGCGAAGAGGACCGCCUUGAGACCGCUAUCAAGGAGCUGUACGACUCCGGUCUCCGUGUGGUUGUUGCUGGUUCCUCCGUCGGCGACCUCGCCAUGCACUACCUCAACCGUUUCAAUAUUCUCGUGAUCAAGAUUCUCUCUAAGUUCGAGCUCCGCCGACUAUGCCGCGUUGUCGGCGCCACCCCUCUGGCUCGCCUGGGUGCUCCUAUGCCCGAUGAGAUGGGUCAGAUUGAUAUUGUCGAGACGACCGAGAUUGGUGGUGACCGCGUCACCGUUUUCAGACAAGAAGAUGCCAACGCUGUCACCCGCACGUCAACAAUUGUCCUCCGUGGCGCUACCCAGAACCACCUGGACGAUAUUGAGCGUGCCAUCGAUGACGGUGUCAACGCCGUCAAGGCGAUCACCAAGGACCCCCGUCUGGUGCCCGGUGCCGGUGCCACCGAGAUUCAGCUCGUGGAGCGCAUCUCCAACUUCGCCGACAAGACCCCCGGUCUGCCUCAGCACGCUAUCCGCAAGUAUGCCGAGGCAUUCGAGGUCAUCCCCCGCACUCUCGCCGAAUCUGCCGGCCUCGAUGCCACCGAGGUCCUGUCCCGACUGUACACUGCGCAUCACCGCGCAAACCCCGACUCCGCAGAGGGCAGCUCUGAAGAGGAGGAGCCUUACUGGACCACUGGUGUCGACUUGGAAGUCGGCGACUCUGACGGCACUUUGGACGCAGUUGAUGAGAACAUUCUCGAUCUCAUGGCAUCCAAGAGCUGUGCGAUUCGCUUGGCCAGUGAGGCGGCUCGUACUGUUUUGAGUGUGGACCAAAUUAUUGUUGCCCGGCAAGCAGGCGGGCCAAAGCCUCCUGGUCCCAACCCUAACUGGGAUGAGGACUAA